UCUUUGCUCUUUUUCUCAUUUUCGAUGAGAAUUGAGAUCGAGCAAUCGAGACUUUCCUAGUAAAUGACUUUUGAUUCUUUCCCUUGAGCCGGAAAAUAGACUGAUGAGGUUUGGGGUGUUUACCAGGCGCUUUCAAAAGCUUUUUCUUUCUUCUUUUUCCUUUUUUUUUUUCAUCCCUUUCCUUUCUUCAUUUCUAUCAUUCGGUGGUCCUGUCAUUUUCUACCUUUCUCUUUCCACUAUCAUGGAGGCACUUUGUUCAUACCUUGCCCUUUUUCUUACUGUUUACUAUUAUCCUUUUUGUCUACUAUUAUUCCCAUAGCCGCUAUACAUUGCGCUUUGCACAUAUAUCCUUUCUUCUUUUCUUUCCUUUUUCUUCUUUGUACUUUUCUAUUUAAUUUUU